AUGGAGCCCCCAGAGGGCGCCAGCCCGGGAGGCUUAGUUAAGGAGGUCGACGUGCCACAGGCUGCCCUCAGUGCUCCCGUCCCUGUCACAGGGACCAGUGGCCAGUCUCCUGUGGCUGAGGAGGAGUUGUUGGGCAUCCCAAUACCAGCACCAGGGCUCCUGCAGGUCACGGAAAGGCGGCAGCCGCUGAGCAGUGUCUCCUCCCUGGAGGUGCACUUCGACCUCCUGGACCUCACCGAGCUGACCGACAUGUCUGACCAGGAGCUGGCUGAGGUCUUUGCAGACUCGGAUGAUGAGAACAUGGCCAGCGACUCGCAUGCAGGCCUACACCCGCUGCCCCGAGCCGGCUGUCUGCGCUCACCCUCCUGGACGCGCACUAGGGCGGAGCAGAACCGUGAGAAGCAACCCUUUGGUGACCCUGAGCGACAGCCUGCCAUUGUGGACACGAUUCUUACCGUGGAGAGGCCCAAGGAGGACUAG